CUCAGGGGGCGGAGUCAUCAUUUGGCUUUAUAUAGCCUGCACUGGCUUUUCGUCGGUCUCUAUCAGCGGCGUGCGGCGGCGAGAUGUCUCACAGGAAAUUCUCAGCUCCCAGGCAUGGGUCCUUGGGCUUCCUGCCUCGAAAGCGCAGCAGCCGGCAUCGUGGGAAAGUGAAGAGCUUCCCAAAGGAUGACGCUUCCAAGCCUGUUCACCUCACAGCCUUUCUGGGUUACAAGGCUGGCAUGACCCACAUCGUCCGGGAAGUUGACAGGCCAGGAUCUAAGGUGAACAAGAAAGAAGUCGUGGAGGCUGUGACCAUUGUGGAAACCCCCCCAAUGGUGGUUGUGGGCAUUGUGGGAUAUGUUGAGACCCCACGAGGCCUCCGGACCUUCAAGACUGUAUUUGCUGAGCACAUCAGCGAUGAGUGUAAAAGGCGCUUCUAUAAGAACUGGCACAAGUCUAAGAAGAAGGCUUUCACCAAGUACUGUAAGAAAUGGCAGGAUGACACAGGCAAGAAGCAGCUGGAGAAGGAUUUCAACAGCAUGAAGAAGUACUGCCAGGUCAUCCGCAUCAUCGCCCACACUCAGAUGCGUCUGCUUCCUCUGCGCCAGAAGAAGGCGCACUUGAUGGAGAUCCAGGUGAAUGGAGGCACUGUGGCUGAGAAGCUCGACUGGGCCCGAGAGAGGCUCGAGCAGCAGGUUCCCGUGAACCAGGUGUUUGGCCAGGAUGAGAUGAUUGAUGUCAUUGGCGUGACAAAAGGCAAAGGGUACAAAGGGGUAACCAGUCGUUGGCAUACAAAGAAACUGCCCCGAAAGACCCAUCGAGGUCUGCGCAAAGUUGCCUGUAUUGGAGCCUGGCACCCUGCCCGUGUCGCCUUCUCUGUGGCUCGAGCUGGGCAGAAAGGCUACCACCACCGAACAGAGAUUAACAAGAAGAUUUACAAGAUUGGUCAAGGCUACCUCAUCAAGGAUGGCAAACUGAUCAAGAACAAUGCAUCUACAGACUAUGACUUGUCUGACAAGAGCAUCAACCCAUCCUUGCUGGUCCAGACCAAACGUCGGGCCCUGGAGAAGAUUGACCUGAAGUUCAUUGACACCACCUCCAAAUUUGGCCAUGGUCGCUUCCAGACCAUGGAGGAGAAGAAAGCAUUCAUGGGACCACUCAAGAAAGAUCGCAUUGCCAAGGAGGAAGGAGCUUGAUUCCAGGACCACUUUGUGCAGAUGGUGGGGUCUCACCAAUAAAAUAUUUCUACACA